AUAGGGAGAGGGGAGAGGGCAUGAGAUAAACCGUGGUAGAUUCAGAGGCAGACAUUGGAUUGGCAUGGCUGUGUGCAGCUCAGCAGCACUGCGAUCUACAUGCAUGAGGCUUCUGCCUGGACAUUUGGAUUCUCUCUGCACAGCAACACAGCGUUGUUGAUGUUGCAGGGCAUUGGGAGAUAGAGAGGGAAUAAUAAGGGGGGACAGCCUUACAACACACUUGAGCGAUGUACCGUGAGCUUCUCUCUCUCUUGUUUCACACCGUCAGGCUUUUCAACACGGAGACCUGGGACUAAUGGAGGGAUGCAAUUAUGUUACUCUUUGCUUGUCAUGCUUGAAUCACAGCUUCAUAUAUCCUUUUGUGUCAGAGACCUUAUUGUCUUUGUCUGUCACCGCCGCCAGAUCAACUGUGGGGUAGCGUGGCGGACAGAGCCCCCUCCUCAACCCCCCUCUCCCUUGUCUGUGCCCCCGGCUUCUCAUCACUCCCAGCUCGCUCGUGUCUAUUUACCUCUCUUAAGCUACCCUCCCCUCUCUGUUAAGCUCCGUCUUUCUUGCUCUCCCGCUCCCUACUGCUUACUAUCUCCCUCUCUUUGCUCCUACAAAGCAGGCAGUCUGUUGUUCUAUGCAAGCAGCUUGCUACAUGAUCUACUGGAAAACAGUUUUUGCCGCUCCUCUGCCACCUCACAAUUCCUGAGCCCUUCCAGAUUUCCAUCUCUACAACGGCAGGAUGUUCCUUCACGAGGAUUGAUCCCCAUUCACCCCCUUUCACUUUCCCCUUUCCCUCCCUUGUCCUGAUCUCCUGCCCUCUGACCCUCACCCUCUUGUUCUCUACCCCCACCCACCCUCUCCUAUUCGCCCUUACCCCAAGCCUCUUUCCCCCAUAAUUCAUUUCACCCUCUUGACCAUGUUGCCAUGUGUCUGCUGGCUCCAACUUAUCCUCAUCUUGCUGCCCUCUGUCUUAUGGACCCGGGGGGAAAACUGCCCAGCAACCUGCCUGUGCCCAGAUCCUCACACUGUGGACUGCAGCGGCCGUGGGCUGACCCGUCUACCCGAUGAGAUCCCCCUGGAUGUGCGCAGACUUUUACUGGCUGACAACUGGAUACCCCGCAUCCCCUCAGACUUCCUGGUUCUGUACAGUGACUUGGUUUACCUGGACCUCCGGAACAACUCCCUCUCCCACAUAGAACCCGGGACUCUCAGCACCACUUCCAGGCUGGUCUUUCUGGACCUGGGCAGCAACAAUCUGACUGAAAUCCCUAAGGGGACAUUUGGGGAGUCCCGGAGCCUGAUCAAACUACGCCUGGGCAACAACCCAUAUCUGAGCAUGGUGAAUGAGGAGGCUUUCCUGGGCCUCACCUCUCUGAGAGAACUGGAACUGGAACGUAAUGCACUUUCUACCCUUAAGGUGGGGGCACUCAGUCAGUUGCCCUCCCUGCGGGUGGUGAGGCUAGAGGGCAACCCCUGGGUGUGCAACUGCAACUUUGCCAGCCUGUUUGCAUGGCUGAUGGAGAACAGUCACAAGCUUCCUAACGGGGUGGAAGGCAUGGAGUGCUCCCUCCCCAUGGAUGGCAGACGUGUAUCUCUGACACAGCUCUCUAAGGACAGCUUCCGUGAGUGCCAGGCCACCCUGACUCUUACAGACCUGCUCAUAAUCAUUUUCUCUGGCAUCUCAGUGUCUGUGGUGGCCAUCAUGACAAGCUUCUUCCUGGCUUCAACUGUUCAUUGCUUCCAGCGCUGGAGUAAAGGCACCAAGGGGGAUGAGGAGGAGAGUGAGGAGUAAGAACGAUUUACUUUUAAGGACCUGCAUGGUCCAAGUACUUCAAACAAUGAGGACACUGCAGACAGUGUGUGCUACAUGUGACAAGUUUCAUGCUGCUUCCUCCCUGGUGAAUAUCCAGGACUGUUAAACGGUAGGAUCCUGCCCUGGUACCGUUGCAGUUUUCUUUGCACAUGGACAUCCAAAAUAUGGUAAAGAAGGACAUUCCCAAGGAAUGAGCCAAAGUCCCAAUAAUAAUUAGCGAGUGACCUGCUCCACUCACAAAAUGUAGAGAUAUAGAGAUCAUAUUUUUGUCUGUGAGAGCCUAUAGUCCUCUUUUAUGACUAGAGGCUCUUGGCUUGAUGAUGUAGGCCUACACAAAUAAUGCAAGGUUAACACCUUUAUAAUGAGAGAGAAAAAUAUUUUUUAAAAAGAAGUGUUGCUGCAGUGCUGUCACGAUAGUCUUAGACAAGCCAAUAACUUCUCAACGUGUAAUCACAUUGGACAUGCAAUUCUGGAGUUUGAAAUCCUGUAAAGUGACAUCAAAGUUAGUGCAAACUUUUAGAUGAUUUCCACUGGGGCUUUAUCUAUGUAGUGCAGAAUGCUCGAUCCCAUAAAAAAAGGAUGUCAUACCGACCAAUGACCUCAGUAUUUAACUGCCUAUAAGAUGAUAUGCUGGUAUAUCCUGCCAUUUACAAUGUCUUUUUUGGACAGCCUCACUCACUAACAUUCAAAAAUGGUUCACAAGCACUGGAGAAGGCAAAUACUGUUGUUCCCUCUGCAUGUAAAAUUAGAUAGUAGCAGAAGUGUUACUUGAACAAGAAGGAUUUGGACAAUGGUGAGAUUUUAGUUAGUUGAUGUACUGUAGGAAGGAAGAGUUUCCAGUGGGUCUACACAUUGUUUCAGCAGUAUAUUCAUUAUAUAAUCACAAAUUUAUGUACAAAAGAAAACAAUGUACAGUCAAACAUAUAAAUCAAGAGAAUGUACUGUACGUACCUUAGAUUGAUAACUGUGAACUGUGUAGAAAGAUAUAGACAGAUAUCUAAAAUAACAAUAUAAUCUUGAAAAUUAUGGCAAAUACGGUAUUAAAAUAGAGUCUAUGUAGAAUUAUUGUGUCAAAUAAUGCACUUUAUCUGGUGAACCUAAUUUUGGCAAGCCCCUAAUUACACUAUGUAGACUGGUUUUGUCUUCAUCUGCCAAAGAUUAGGUUUAGGUGAAGGAGACAUAUAAGGACUUUGUUGUGGAUGGUGUGUUAUUUUGUGAGUUAGGCUUAACAGAAGGCAACACUAUAGCCAAAUCACACUCUGUAUACACAUAUUGUACUCAGUCAAACAGUUAUGGUCUCCAAAGAUAAACAUUUUAUUCUAGUCUGUCUAUGACUAAACCAGCUGUCGUACAUCGCUUCACACACGGCAGUCUUUAACCUCUAUUUUACUUCAGAACAAAUAGUUAUUUAUUGUAUGAGGGUGGGGGGCAAGAGGGUUGUCUCUUGAGGAAUAAAUAGACAACUUUUGUUUUGUUUAUGAUAUCCAGAAUGGAUACACCAUGGACUCUCAGUCAGCUUGUACUCCUUUUACUAAUGAUCUUCCAAUACCUUAAUAAAACUGCUGAUUCUGGAAAAGUGUCGUAUCAAAACUCUUACUGUAUCAACAGCAUCUGCAUUCAGAAGAGCGACAGUACAGUAUAAUAUAAAUUAAAUAAAGCAGCGCCCCAAAUGUUACGGGUUUGUUAUUUGCAUCCUGUAUAUUUAAAUCCUCCUCCAUUAGGACUUGGAAUGCUCAAAGCUGGACUCUUUGUAUUUUAUUCCCCCCCAAAGCUAAGGUAUGUUGCAUUGCUUCUCACAUUCUUGUAAGGCAUGAAUAAUUCAGUGAAAUUGAAACAUGAAGCAGAAAGAAUGUCAAGCUUUUUAAUGUAAACAAGCAGAGGAUAGAAAAAGAGCCAUGAGCAAAUAGAGUCAUCAUUUCAGGGUGGUUAACAAAAGAUAAAAAGGAAUUCCAAACGCCUAUGUCCCUUUAGAACAAGUCAUAACCCUGAAUGUGCAGUGAAGCACGCUUUGUAGACAUGACAAGUAAAUGUGGCCUUAUUUAUUUUUGUUAUUUUCCAUUAGUAUCAGCAUCAAUAAAAGCACAAAUAUAUCACAAAAAACUAAAGUGAUUCUAGUACACUUUUUAAAGGUUGUGUCGCAUCAUAUGUUGUUGUAUAUUGUCACAGUAUGUUUUCAUUGAUGUGUAUCGUCAUGUGUUGAAAAUGCCACAUCCUUAACAUGAGAUUUGUAGGCUACUGUAUGUAUGUCGUCUAUUUACCAGAAUUGAAAUCAUGUGGGACACUUUGAAGACGAAUGUCCAUUGGAAAUACUCAUCUACAACAGCCAAUUGAUCUUUCGCUAAACCUCAUCCCAGCAACAGCAACUGACCAAUAGCGGCUUAGUAAACUAGGCACGUUGGCAGGCCUGUCAAGCUUUGGAUUUCUCCAGCCCACACUAAUGAAGCAGUGUACAACGGUCUCUGAAGAGCGAUACUCUAUGUCUCAAGAGUUUAGAGAGUGGUGUUUUUUUUUUUUUUGUAGUCUUUCAAAAAAUCUAGAACAAGCAAAUGUGUGUGUGCAAAAGUUGAUUAAACUUUGUCUUUAUCUGCUCUACCGUAGGCUGCAAACAUUAGCAUGUCCAGCUAACUAGCUUACUAACUACAAUACCUCUAGCCAAACUGUUAGACACCACUAUAUUUGCCAAACUCACAAAUUUUCCUCAUAUCCUCAAAUCAUCUUCUUUUGUGAAAGUGAAGCACUUUGUUUCAAAAUAUGAACAAUAAAGCUUAGCCUAAACCUAACACCUGUAUUGCUUUUCUAAGUAGGCUACAUUUUUUUUAUAUUAAGCAUCCAAACCCUUCAAGGGUUAUGUAGCUAUACUAUGGGGCUAACUAUACACUCUCAUACACAAACAAUGCCGUUACUUAGUUUACAGGUCCUGUACCUUACGCCUGGGACAUGUAGCUUUAGCCUCAGUCUUUUAGCAUUAUUCAUGUACACAGCUAUUAAGUAGCCUACAUGUUUAAGCCCCAUACAGGACUCUCAUUUUAAAACGUGUCAGAUUUAAACAAUAAAGUCAGCUGGAGACAGACUUCUCAGUUGACUCAAGAAGUUCAAGCAUUAGCAUUAGCUUGAGUUAGCAACACCUCUCAAAUCUGCUGGCGAGAGUCAUCCUUUCAGCCAACCAAAUCCAUGGUUGUCAGCCAGAAAUGAGAAGCCUGCUCUUGUUCACACCUGUGUGGAAUUGUAGAUUAAAGACUGUUUCAAAAAUUACUGCAAAUUUCUAUGUUAAAUCUGCAACCACUAUCACUGUAAGAGAAUGGUAAAGCUUGACAGGCGUAGCAAGGGUAACUAAGGAGGGCUUGGCUUAGCGAAUGGUCAAUUCCAACAUUGGAUUUGCUAGCCUACUGUCUUAAAGGGUAAUGCCACUGAAUUUCAUAUUUGAAGUCAUUCUUCUUUCUUAUGACUGUUCGGUCAAUAUUGAAGAACACCUAAUAUUCCUUAUAGCCAGAGUGAAGGUGCCCACAGUUACUGUAGGUUAAAAUGAGGAUAUGGACAUUUAGGAACUCCAAACAAAAAAGAAAAAAAACAUUUUGAGUUUCCAAUUGUUGGCUUGAGAGGAGCAGGUUCUCAUGUUCAUAAAAUAAAAAUAAACAUUUAAAUGCUUAAUACAAGAAUAGUGAGUCACACAAGAAAGUGAAUAUUAGGUGGAGAGAUGAGAAACUGCUUUUUUAUUGGCUAAUUGAUAUCUGAAGGGACGGCCCUUAGUCAAGGAAUCAGAGGGAGAAUUUUUAUACAUAUCAUUAUCAUUUCCAACUACUGUGUAGUUACUGUAUAUUAACAAAUUAUUAUGUUAGCUUAGCUGUUAGCUUGAAGCAUAUGUUAGCAUGACCAUUUCCUUUCUCUUACUCAUUUUAUUAAGUAACAAAUAUCAGCACAUUAGAGCAUGCACUGUUGAGUUACCUACAGUAUAAAGUUCAGAUUCAUGUCUAUUUUUCUAUUCAACCUUUUAGAAUGAAGCAUUUAUUUACGCUGUCAGUCCCCAAAGUAAUUUUCUGGCAUUGUGCAACCUGGAAAGCGGAGACACUGGUGGCUGCUUUCGUACAGUAUGUCUUGACAUUGCUUAAAAUACCAAAAUCCAUGUUAUGUUUUGUCAGAUAAAUGUCAGAAUGGCUCAAAUCUAAAUUAAAUGACAGAGAACAGUGUGACGCUGUUGCUGCAGCUGAAUGCAUUUCCAAAUGUCAGACAGACACUGUCAAACAGACCGUAUCAUGUGUAGCUGUAUAUUGAUGUUUGGUUAAAAAAUGGAAAUAAAAUCCCUUUUUUCCAUC